CUUUCUUUCCAUUUUUUUCCUUCGGAAGUACAGGCCUGUUUUCACUCUGUUCUUUGAAAGUUAGUUCGCCAUGGCAAGCCACGACGUCCUCCUCGAUGCUGAGCUGAACGAAGAGCGAUAUAUUGAUCUGCUUACCAAGCUUAUUGGUGAAAGCGAGCAUGUUCAGAACAACCCACCCAAGUUUGUCCCUCAAGAGGACAAGGUGAUCCAGCAUCUGCUUGAGGCCCUGCGCCCGUACAGCACCGAGAAUGGCGGCCCACUCCAGGUGGAGCAUGUCACCUAUGUGCCCGGCCGUGGAAACCUGAUCAUCAAGUACAUGAGCGAGGGAGCUAAGGGAAUUGUCUCCUUUGUGGGUUCUCACCUGGAUGUUGUGCCGGCCAACCCCGAGACUUGGGACCGCAACCCGUUCAAGCUGGUGCGCGAGGAUGACAAGCUGUAUGGUCGCGGUACCACGGACUGCCUUGGCCAUGUGGCUCUUAUCACCGAGCUCUUCAUCCAACUGGCCGAGAAGAAAGUUCAGCUCAACACCAACAUGGUGGCCAUCUUCAUUGCUUGUGAGGAAAACAGCACCAUUCCUGAUGUUGGUGUGGACAAGUUGCUGAAGGACGGCCGUCUUGAUGAGCUGAAGGGUGGCCCAGUCUACUGGGUGGACAGCGCUGACAGCCAGCCUUGCGUUGGUACUGCCGCCGCCAUUGUCUGGAAUCUGCAUGCCAAGGGACAUCUGUUCCACUCCGGUCUGCCUCACAAUGGCAUCAACUCGUUUGAAUUUGCCAACGAGGCCGUUGCCUACCUGCAGAAGCGCUUCUACGAGGACUUCCCUGCCCAUGAGAAGGAAGACCUUUAUCAGUUCGCCACCCCAUCCACAAUGAAGCCAACACAGGUGCGCAUUGCUGAGGGAUCCUUCAACCAGCUGCCGCCCUGGACUAAGAUCAUCGGCGACAUCCGUCUCACUCCCUUCUACAAUGUAGAAGAUGUCAUGUCCAAGAUCAAGACAUACGUUGAUGAGCUGAAUGCUACCGACUUUGCGGCUCUUCCAACGCGUGGCCCGUGCUCUAAGUACGUUGUCAAGUCGCCAGAGGGUGAGGACAUCAAGGGUGUGCUCACACUGGAGUUUGAAGGCGAGCCUUUCAAGGGUAUUGCUUGCGACCUUGAGUCUGAUGGUCACCACAUGCUGCGCAACGCCACAAAGGAAGUGCUGGGCAAGGCAGAGCCGUUCAGCAUCUGCGGCAGCCUGCCACUUGUCGGCGAUCUGCAGGAGGCUGGAUUCGACGUUCAGGUGUGUGGAUAUGGUCACUCCAGUGUCUACCACGGUGACAACGAGUACUGCUCGGUUUCCGCCAUGAAGAACGCCAUCAAGAUCAUGAGCCGUGUCAUUCAUGGCUUCAGCAGCAAGUAUGCCUAAGCACUGCGCGCGCUUCUUGCCCUCUUUAUGGCAGUUGCCUGUGCGACGCACACGCUAUGCCACUGUUUGCUCGCCGGCUGCAUCAGCUUUCUGUUUGUCCUGCUCUCUCGGCUGCAUUCCUGGUGUCGUGGCACACGGUACCAUGCGACUUUCAACACCCCGGGCAUGGUAUGGGCUGCAUCCCAUUCAUGAACCACCACCCUGUUUCGGAACGUCAUCAUAAUUAUGUCUCUGGUGCAUGUGUAGUGCUUGCCACAUUUACACGUGCCGGCUUACUUCUACAAUUCUUACUGUUACCAUGUGUUUACAGAUGCCAGGUCAUGCCAGGUCAUGGCACUGGCUGGCUACAUGCUCCCUGUCCUAGGGUGUUCUGUGUCCUGUAGGGACCACACUCAUUACAGUCUUACUUUUCUCGACAUCAUUUUUACUUUGAAACUGGACCCUUCCUUGCAGCAAGGCAGAAUUGAGGCGUGAAUUUCGAUUUCAUGUUAUGUUCCGAGAAACCGUAGUAUU